AUGGAAUCUUGCAACGUCGAAGAUACAGAUGUGCACAGUAUGGUAAGGGAUAGGAAUGGAGAGCAUGGGUGUAAUGAGGAUUUUGACGAUGCAUGUGAUGUCGGUGCCGCAGACAUUGUAUCUAAUGAGGAUGCAUCAGACUAUGGUAACGUUAUCGAAUUGAGUGAUCAGCAGAUAAUGAGAAAGGUGUUUCGGAGUGAGGAACGUGUGUAUGAAUUUUAUUGUAAAUUUGGGAGAUGCCAUGAUUUCGGUGUGCGCAAGGGAGAUUAUGGGAAGGAUGACGAUGGAAAUUUGAUACGAAGAAGGUUCUUUUGCAAUAGGGCAGGAUUGAGAGAUAAAAAAUUCCUUCAUAGAUUGGAUAGACAAAGGGGUCACCGACCUAAAACACAGACUAAUUGUAUGGCAAAGUUGUCGAUUUACCUAGAUAGUGAAAAUUCAGUAUGGAAGGUUCGUAAAGUUAUCUUGGAGCAUAAUCAUGAGUUGACACCGCGAGUAAUGGUGCACAUGAUUCCAAAAUUUCGUCAUAUGUCAAAUGCUGCAAAGGCACACAUAGACGGCAUGCAUGGGUACGGUGUACCUACGUCUAAGAUUCUCGGCUAUAUGGCUGGGAUUGCCGGAGGGUAUUCUUUGUUGGGGUUUACGUAA